AUGGUGCGAUGCAGGUGCUCGCUUCUGAGGAAGUAUGGAAACUUCAUGGACAAUCUAAGACUCUUUGCAAAAGGAGGAGGUGGAAUGGGUUAUCCUCGAUUAGGUGGAGAAGGAGGCAAAGGUGGUGAUGUUUGACUUGUAGCCAAAAAAAUAAUGCGCUUAAAAAAAAUAAAAGAUAAAUAUCCCCAGAAAAGGUUUGUGGCAGGAGGAGCAAAUAGUCGAAUCAGUGCAUUAAAGGGAGACAAAGGCCUGAAUUAUGAAAUAUCUGUGCCUGUAGGCAUUACAGUAACCAAUGAGAGAGGCCAAAUAAUAGGAGAACUCAAUAAAGAGGAUGACAGAAUUUUAAUAGCACAAGGAGGAUUGGGGGGUAAUUUGCUUUCAAAUUUCCUGCCAUCCAAGGGCCAAAAACGAAUAAUUCACCUUGACCUAAAGCUUAUAGCUGAUGUAGGCCUUGUAGGAUUUCCAAAUGCUGGAAAAUCCUCUUUACUAAGUAAAAUUUCCCAUGCAAAACCCGAGAUUGCAGAUUAUGCAUUUACAACAAUAAAACCUCAGUUGGGAAAGAUUAUUUAUAAGGAUUUCAAACAAGUAUCUGUAGCUGAUCUUCCAGGUUUAAUUGAAGGAGCACAUAUGAACAAAGGAAUGGGACACAAGUUCCUCAAGCACAUAGAAAGAAGCAAACAGCUUCUUUUUGUUGUCGAUGUCUCUGGGUUUCAGCUUUCUUCAAAAACUAAAUUCAGAUCUGCCUUUGAAACGGUAAUAUUACUUACAAAGGAGCUGGAGCUAUACAAAGAAAACCUCAUGAUGAAACCUUCACUACUUGCAGUUAAUAAGAUGGAUUUACCAGAUGCUAAAGAUAAAUUCAGUGAACUUGCGAACCAACUACAGAAUCCUAAAGAUUUUUCGGAUUUCUCUGAAAAAGAUAAAAUUCCAGCAAAAACUGUGGAGUUCCAAGAUAUCAUCCCAAUAUCUGCACAAACAGGAGAAGGAAUUGAAGAAUUAAAGAAUUGUCUAAGAAUAUUUCUAGAUGAACAAUCCAAUCAGGAAAAUGAACAUUUCUAUAAAUAA